CGGGAGUGACAUGUUCACAGAGAGGAGGGCUGCAAACAGAUCUUCAAGGCCAAGGUUUGAAGGAAUUCGGAUUGUUGAGAUUGUGGUUCUUGGAAGGCACACUUAGCCCACCUUUUGGAUGAAGGAAAGAAGACAAGGAGCUCUAAGAAGAGUAAAAAGCUCACUGUAAAUAAGCAUUCAGAAAUGUUUGCUGAUGCCAUGCCAUCCCCAAGGAAUCAACAGAAAACAUGUGUUGUAAAAACACCCAUCAGUAACUUCACAAAAACACCACAGCCAGACAGACUACCUACAACUUUUCCAGAGGCACAGGGAAAGGUAGAUGCAAGUUCAGCUGAGGAAGUCAGAGGCCUGCCUGAUGUAGUUGUUCGUGAGGAAGCAGGCAGCAGUGCAUGGAGGUACCUGGCAGAACGGCGGCAGAAGCGUCACGAUGGGGCACUCACUGAAAUGCAGCAGGAGCUGGACUGCAUUGGCAGGGAGAUGGAAGCCUCUGUUUUGAAUCUUCAAGAAUUCCUUCAGCUCAAAGUGAUGAAAUCAGAUGAAAAGAGUAAACUUCUAUUUGAAAAGAUUGCAUCUGACGUGGAUUUGGAAGGUUUCUCAUUUGAAGGUUUGGAAGAGCUCUGGAAUAUGAUCCAUGAGGAAUCCUCAAACAGAAGGAAGUGGAUUAGGGCAGUGGAUGACUCCCUAAAGGAGAUUGAAAGGAGUCGAGCCAUGAAAAUAGCAGAUGUACUGACCAAGUAUACUGUGAAACUGGAGGAAAUUUCCUUCUUCUUGAAAGCUGAUGUUCACAGGCUCAUUAAUGAUAAGGCCAUGACUAUAAACAGAGCACUGCUGGAUAAUGAGAGGGCAACUGCCAAGCUGCUCUUUAAUCUAAUGAAAUCAGAGCUUGAGAAAGAAAAAAUGCAUCAACUGAAAUGGCAAGAGAGAGUCAAGAACUGGAAGCUCAUCCAAAAGAACUGUGUAGUUCAGAGUUUCAGAGAAUUUAUGGCAAGUGAAGAAAUACAGAAUCCCCCAGCUGUGAAAAUGGAAAUGGAAAACAUGAUAAAGGAGCAGAUUGUACUUAGUGAACAAAGACUGAGGGUUUUGCAGCACAUUGGAGCCUUGUUGCCUCCAACACAUACAAAAUCUGACGUAAAUGAAUGGUACAGAACUCUGGAGAAUUUAAACAAAAGUAUAGACAGCCAUAAUGCAGAGUGUGUGGAGAAAAUACGUGUCCAGUAUGAGCUGGUCCAGGAAAAAUGUCAGGAAAAAGUGCAGACCUGCAAGAUGACCCUGUUGGAUAAGAACAUUUGCCCAGCAGAAGAUGUUGAAGUUGUGCAUUCCAAAAUGCUUCAGAUGACUGAGAAACUUAAAAACAAGUUUGAAGAAGAACUGGAGCACAUGGAUCGUGAUUUUAAGGAGAUGCCUAGAUGGCAUGAGCAGCAUUGUCAAGGCUUGUCUAGCUGUGUUCAGGAGGCCAUGGAUAUCUGGGAUGUUCAUCUACUCCAACUGUCCCAACAGGAUGAUGUACUUGAGAAGAAAGUAGAUGAAUACAGAUUGGAACAGGAUAACAUAAUACAGGUGCGGAAAGAUAAUCUGGAUACAAUUUUGGAAAAAAUGAAAAUGGCCAGCAGCGAAGAAGAGCUGGAGGAAUAUUUGAAGAAUGCCCUUUCUUCUUUAAAUCAAAUUAGAACUAGGUAUGAGACAUUCAAGCAGAUUGUAAUGAAUGAAGUAAUGGCUUAUCCAAAAGCUAUUUUGUGGGAGUUGAUUUCUUACAGUAUAUCCAUCAGCCAGCAUUUUAGUGUGAAGGAAAUCUUCAAACAGAACUUGCAAGGCACUACAGACUCCACAGUUGAAGAUCAAGAUAAUACCUCAACAGUCCAAACAGAACUGUCCCCAGGGCUUGAGGCAAGGACAUCCCAGCCCAGAGCAGAGCAGGAUGAUCACCUCUCUCAACUGGUGCCAGAAGGUAGGGACAGUAGUAAAAAAUCAGCUGGAGAAACGAAGCUAACAGAGAAACAGGUGAUCAGGGCACAGGAAACUGAAGAAACAGAGGAAGUAGAAGAUAAGAAGAGUAUUCCUCAUGACAGUGAAGAAAAUGAGCCUGCAGAAGAGGGACUAAGCAUUACACAGGCAGGAAAGACUGACAUCACAGAGAGUUAUUUUACAAAAUAUGAAGAAGAAGAAUCACUUCCAAUGUACCUGAAAUAUGUACUUAUCACAGAAGCCAUGUUUGUCGAACUGAAAGAAAGGAUUCGCCUCUGCUUUUUUGAACACUUGGAGAAAUGGUUUGCAGAAUCCUUGUCCAACUCCUAUGUCCUUGUAGCUGCCAAGAAAGAGGAGCUGAAUUCAAUACUCCUGCUGCAUCUUAAAUUGCAUCAGCAAAAGCUGGAGGAGAUACAGACGAACAUCUACCAUGUUCGAGCUGCAAAGCUGUCACUUCACAAAGAGAACCUUGAGUGCCACUGUAAAGUGCUGGCAGAAAGCCUGGAAAAGGAGAAAGCUGAAUUCCUCAAAUUUUCAGACCAGCUACAGAACCUGAACACAAACUUUCAUUCCCGAGUCCAAAACUUGGAGUAUGACUUUCUCCACGCUCCUGUGACUGGGCAAUCAGUUUCUUCUAGCAAUAAUCUGGAAUCAGAGCUCCACAACCAGCUGGAAUCAAUCAGGAUUACUGUGAGAAGUUACCAGCAGCACUUGGAGGAAGCUUUUGGAAAACUAAGGGAUUCGAAUGUGGAUUUUCUCAAAAGUUGCAGAUUAUUUUCAGAGAAUGGUGACUUUACAUCUGAGGAGGUAAAGUUUUUCAACGAGUGUCUACAGAAAGAAAGUAAACAAAUUGACUUGAUUGAAAGUUCAAUCAAGAAAGAUGUGGAGCAAUUAAAGUCGAGCUACUUGAAUCAGGCUAAUGAACUUCUCAAGCAGUGUGGAAAAAAGUUUGCUUCUCUGUCUCUGAGCCGAGCCUUUAUGGAGAAGGUCCAUCAAUGUUUGAGAAAGCUACGACAGCAAAUCAAAUCAGAGGUAGCAAAUUCCAAUUUGCAGUCAGUCACAUUAAAGUCUUACCUGGAAAAGAUUGAGCAGAAGAGAGAUGCUUAUGUUCAUUCUACUGCAGAUAAAGAAGCUUUAACCUCUGAAGAGUUGUAUGCUUUUGCCAGAGAAAUGUUGAAAGAGCUGGAAAAGAGGAGCAAGUAUCUUGACUGUUUUGUAGUAAAAGCAAAUAUCCCACCUGCCACUGAGGCCCUCACCACUCCUGGCACAGAUGGGACAUUGCAGGAGCACUCAGCCACUCCUGACGUGGAUCAGAGGUCACAAGCUUCCUUUGCUCCUGCUGUUCCAAGAGACAGUCUCAGUUCUGAGAGCAGAAGGAUGGUGAUGGGACUGGAUCCUGACAAAUUCCCUUUGUUAAAUCCAAGUGGAAUGGGUACAUCAAUAUUUGAUGAUUUGGCUAUAAAAGUUAUUGGAAAUUUAGCUGGAUUUGACCCAUCAAAAAAAUACCGAGACCUAAAUCGGGGGAAAAAGAUUCCAGGAAAGAAGAGGCUAUCUGAUGCACAUUCUCAGAAGUCUUCUAGCAAGAGGUCAUCUCGGGAUGAAACCAAGAGAAAAAAAAGUGAAAAAGGCAGAAAAUCUCUUACCAAGGAUGAUAGAUCCCAGAUAUUUGGAAAGAAGCCUACAGAGUCUGAUACUUUUAAGGGAAUUAUUUUGAAUAUUCUCUGGAAUGGUAACAACACCUUGCUCUGUCUUGGUGAGGAGUUCUAUGGAGACAAGAAGAAUCCUUACUUGGGGAUGCUUGAAGAUCUGCCAGACACAUUUGAACAUUGGGCAGACAUGAUCAGAGUGAAACUACUGUCAUACCAAAGGCAGACAGAUGAUUACUACAAUUUUUGUCUUGGGGAAUUUCGGGAUCAGCUGAAGUGGUUUGAGGAGGAGCUCUCUUCUGUUUCCCAACUGGUGGUGGAAAGUCUUUUAAAAGAACAUGAGCAGAAGCUCAGCUCUUUUACUGGGCAUAUUCAGCAUCUCUUCAACAGACAGCUGAAAGAUUGGGAAGAUAUGAAGACUAUGCACCGGAGAAAAUUACAUUACUCCCUGGGACACCCAAAUAACUGCCUUCAGCUGGAGGCUUUGUGCCAAGAGGAAAUGAAAAGGCAAAAAGAUCAAACUGAUGGUGUUCAACUGAACACAAAGAUGCUGCAGGAUUGUGCUGCUGAAUGUGCUCAGAGCUUUUUUUCUGCACUGGCUGCCCUGACUGAAAAGCUCCUGUUGGAACAAGAUGAUACCAUCACUGUUGAUGAUGUAAAAGCAGCAGGAAGUGAAAUACCCACUGAGAAGAUGCCAACUUUAAUGUGCCGUAAACAGUCUGAACUUCCUCCAGGAACCUCCAAAGUUCAACAGUCAGUCAGACGAGGAAGGAGGUCUUGGCCAGGAAUACCUGAGACUUCUGUUCCUGACACUCCAGACUAUAUUCUGUGCCCAGGAACUGCAUCAGUUUCAACAGCUAAGACUACCCUGGGCCAUCUGGCAGUGGUGGAUGCAAGACAAGCUGCAUACACGAAAUACAAAAGUAAAGUUGAACAGCUGUUUGCCCAGAUCGAGGAAGAAAGUGCAGCUCAGCUGCUGGCAAUUCAGCGUUGGAGUGAUUGGUGGGAACAAUCUGUCCGGAAGAUAAAGAGACUCUACAUCUGAGAUCAGUCACAUUUUGCUGAGCUUUGUUGGUGUAAAUUGACAAAUUUGUAUGUAUGUCACUGAUAUUUUUUAUCUUAUUAAUCUGUUGCAUUGAAAGAAGCUACAUUUUGCCUUUUUGUUUGUUUUGCCAUGUUACCACUUGUUUCUUCAUAUUCAGUCUUAAGACUACUACUAUGCUCAUCUUUACAUAACCACCUAGUUUGGCUUACAGUAUCACCUGUUACCAUUCACAUGUGUCUGUGCAUGGGCACUUAAAGCAUAUUUAUGAGCAGAGUUUACAGGAUUUUGUUGCAGUUUUGCCCCUGAGAGCUGGUUUGGUCUGAAAACUCCCCAAGGCAUGAAUGAGAAAACUCCCCAAGGUGUGAAAGAGAACUAUCCCUAACAAAGCACCCUUGCAUCAAGGCCCCUGUGCCCAAGCAUCUCUUCACAGAGACCUCUGGCUGGAGAUAGCCAGCCUGGAAAAGAUACACAUUUUAUGUUGUCUUGGAUCAACAAGCUUUGACUUGCCUACCUUUCCCAUUCCUUGCCUCUCCUCUCCUACCUUGUGUUGCCUACUGUUGCCUACCAGUUUCUCUCAUUGCCGUGCCUUGCCUGCCCCUCCAUUGCCUUGCUUUAUCUAUCCCUCUUUUGCCUUUCCU